AUGAAAGAGAAGUCCAAAAAUGCUGCCCGGACUAGGAGGGAGAAGGAAAACAGUGAAUUUUACGAACUGGCUAAAUUAUUGCCUUUGCCCUCAGCUAUCACCUCGCAGCUGGACAAAGCAUCCAUAAUCAGACUCACCACCAGCUAUCUCAAAAUGAGAGUAGUGUUCCCAGAAGGGCUUGGCGAGGCGUGGGGCCACUCGAGUAGGACCAGCCCCCUGGACAACGUCGGCCGCGAACUGGGCUCGCACCUGCUCCAGACUCUGGAUGGUUUCAUCUUUGUGGUGGCCCCAGAUGGGAAGAUCAUGUACAUCUCUGAGACAGCCUCAGUCCACCUGGGUCUUUCUCAGGUAGAGCUGACCGGGAACAGCAUUUACGAAUACAUCCACCCGGCGGACCACGACGAGAUGACAGCGGUGCUCACGGCCCACCAACCCUACCACUCUCACUUCGUCCAGGAGUACGAGAUCGAGCGCUCCUUCUUCCUGAGGAUGAAGUGCGUCUUGGCCAAGAGGAACGCGGGCCUCACCUGCGGCGGCUACAAGGUCAUUCACUGCAGCGGCUACCUGAAGAUCCGCCAGUACAGCCUGGACAUGUCCCCUUUCGAUGGCUGCUACCAGAACGUGGGCCUGGUGGCCGUGGGCCACUCGCUGCCUCCCAGCGCCGUCACGGAGAUCAAACUGCACAGCAACAUGUUCAUGUUCCGCGCCAGCCUGGACAUGAAGCUCAUCUUCCUGGACUCCAGAGUGGCGGAGCUGACAGGGUACGAACCUCAGGACCUGAUUGAGAAGACUCUGUAUCACCACGUUCACGGCUGCGACACCUUCCACCUGCGCUGCGCCCACCACCUGCUGCUGGUAAAGGGGCAGGUGACCACCAAAUACUACCGGUUCCUGGCGAAGCACGGCGGCUGGGUGUGGGUGCAGAGCUAUGCGACCAUCGUGCACAACAGCCGCUCGUCCAGGCCGCACUGCAUCGUCAGCGUCAACUACGUCCUCACGGACACGGAAUACAAAGGGCUGCAGCUCUCCCUGGAUCAGAUCGCAGCUUCCAAACCAGCCUUCUCCUAUGCAGGCAGCUCCACUCCUGCCCUGACUGACAGCAGGAAGGGGGCCAAGUCCAGGCUCUCCAGCUCAAAGUCCAAAUCCAGGACUUCCCCAUACCCUCAGUACUCCGGAUUUCCCACGGAAAGAUCGGAAUCAGAUCACGACAGCCAGUGGGGCGGCAGUCCCCUGACCGACGCGGCCUCCCCGCAGCUCCUGGACCCCGCGGACCGACCGGGCUCCCAGCACGACGCGUCGUGCGCCUACAGGCAGUUCUCGGACCGCAGCUCCCUCUGCUACGGCUUCGCGCUCGACCACUCCAGGCUGGUGGAGGAGAGGCAUUUCCACACCCAGGCCUGCGAGGGCGGCCGGUGUGAGGCAGGCAGGUACUUCCUGGGAGCGCCGCAGGCGGGGAGGGAGCCCUGGUGGGGCUCUCGCGCAGCCUUGCCCCUGACCAAGGCCUCCCCGGAGAGCAGAGAAGCCUAUGAGAGCAGCAUGCCUCACAUCGCCUCGGUGCACAGGAUCCACGGGCGAGGUCAUUGGGAUGAAGAGAGUGUGGUCAGUUCUCCAGACCCUGGGUCUGCCAGCGAAUCAGGUGACCGAUACCGCACUGAGCAGUUUCAGAGUAGCCCGCAUGAACCUAGCAAAAUCGAAACUCUGAUAAGAGCCACCCAGCAAAUGAUUAAAGAAGAGGAGAACAGAUUGCAGCUAAGGAAAGCGCCCCCAGACCAACUGGCUUCCAUUAAUGGAGCUGGGAAAAAACACUCCCUCUGUUUUGCAAACUACCAGCAGCCCCCACCAACAGGUGAAGUCUGCCACAGCUCAGCUCUUGCCAACACUUCACCAUGUGACCACAUCCAGCAGAGAGAGGGAAAGAUGUUGAGCCCUCGUGAAAAUGAGUACGACAACAGUCCCACAGCACUGUCUCGGAUAAGUAGUCCCAAUUCAGAUCGCAUUUCCAAAUCCAGUUUGAUCCUAGCUAAAGAUUAUCUACAUUCUGAUAUGUCUCCCCAUCAGACACCAGGAGACCAUCCUGCCAUCUCUCCAAACUGCUUUGGCUCCCACCGGCAGUAUUUUGACAAGCAUGCUUACACAUUAACUGGAUAUGCCCUGGAGCACUUAUAUGACAGCGAAACCAUUAGGAACUAUUCCUUGGGCUGUAAUGGCUCACACUUUGAUGUAACUUCCCAUCUAAGGAUGCAGCCGGAUCCAGCACAAGGACAUAAGGGAACAUCUGUUAUAAUUACCAAUGGAAGCUGA